GAGUGUUUCAGCUUCUGUAGGAUUGUCUGAUUCUGGUAUACGCCCACAGUUUGACAGAUGUCGUCGAGUAAUUAUUCUAUCAGCUUCUCGAUUCCUGCGAACUCGUAAAAUGCUUCUGCGUGGAUAUUAGUGAUCUGAAUUUGUAAUGUUCGAAACUCCUGGGGAGAGUCACUUGAAAUGUGCAGGACUACCAAGAUUACUCGAAACUUAUAUUGACAGAAAUGAAUUGAACAUUGUUGAGGCGGGUUGCAGGAGUAUAGCAGCGUGAUGUCAGGAGGGGACCGUAAGAAGCGCACUUCAAGAGGACAAGGGUGGGAAGAAGCAGGUGCUGAAUUUUAUCAGGAGAGCUAUCCUGCAGAUGUAGAUCUUGAUGUUUUGCAACGUGAUCCAUCUCAUUUGGCUACUCUCCUGCCCAGUAAACAGUCUCGAGCAGCCACUGCGAAACGUGUGAGGGGUGAAGUGAAACCUACUCUGCGUCGUCGCACAUCAACCCGAUCACGAUACCACAGCACAAGUCGCCGGGCCUCCACUACAGCAGAUGUGCAUGUAGCCAUGCUGCCUGAUCUGUCAGAAAAUUUAUCAAAUGAAGAGCGAACAUGGGAAGAAAUAAUGCAGAUAAAAGCUAUGCCUGUGAGCAUGGCUCAGAAGAAAGAACUGAAAGCAAAGUUGCAGAGUGCAACAAAAUUGAGACUACAAGGAUUUGAACAGUUCAAGUGGCAGAGGAGAAAAUUUUGGCAACAAGUUAAAAGUCGUUGGAAAGAAACAUAUACGAAAUUGGAACUUUGGCGCACAAGUUUGAAAAAAAUUGAAGGAAAUUUUGGAAUAGGAGUAGUUGCAUAUUUUCUAUUUAUAAAAUGGCUCAUGUUUCUUAAUCUUACCAUUUUUGUGUUUAUAUUUACUUUCAUAAUUUUACCAACAAUACUUCUUGACACUCCUGAUACUACAUGCUCCAGUAACUCUUCAAAUAUUACAAAUGAGUGUCAGUACAGUUGUGAAAAUAUAACAGAAAAAAAUCAUGAUGUAAUUCUUGAUACCAUUCAAGGGACAGGCUGGAUGGAAAAUACUUUGGUGUUUUAUGGCUUUUAUGCUGACAAAAUUUUUGGGGUAGGCUCAGAUGCUGCUUUUUAUUAUAAUUUACCAUUGGCAUAUAUUGCAGUUGCUGUUGUUUACUUUCUUGUUAGUUUGGGAGCAAUUGUGAAAGCUGCAGCGCGAGGAUUCAAAGAACGCCUUGUUGAAGGAGAGGGACAGUUUUAUCAGUAUUGUAAUUUGAUUUUUGGUGGUUGGGACUACUGUAUUCACAAUGAAAAGGCUGCAGUAAUAAAACAUAAAGCACUCUAUAAUGAAAUUAAAGGAUGUUUGGAAGCUGAAAGGCUUGAAGAAGAGCGACAAAGUCGUUCAAAAGAGGAGAAAACAAAACUAGUCAUUACAAGAUGUAUAGUCAACUUAAUAGUAAUAGUUGUUCUUGCAGCUGGAGGAUUUUUAAUAUUUGAGACACUUGAAUAUUCAAAACAACAAUUAGAUGGACUGAAAGGAGAGGACACACACAUUGAUUCUUUAAAUGUUCUUUUAUUUGAAUAUCUCCCAUCAAUUGCAAUUGUAGGAUUGAAUCUGCUUGUGCCAAGUCUAUUUGCCUAUUUAGUUACACUUGAGCAUUACAGUCCAAUUUUUGUAGUAAGAAUAACUUUGCUGAGAACAGUCCUCCUGCGGCUAGCCUCACUAGUAGUGCUCCUUCAGUCAUUUUACCACAGAAUUUUUGUAGAUCUUUCUCUGCCUUGCUGGGAGACUUACGUAGGCCAACAGCUGUACAAGUUAGUCAUUUUAGACUUUGUGACACAUAUUGCUGUAACUUUCCUGAUAAAUUUCCCACGAAUGUUAAUUGCAAAACAUUCCAAAAGCAAAGUUGCCAAAUACAUUGGGGAGCAAGAAUUUGAUUUACCUAAGCAUGUGUUAGAUGUAGUUUAUACCCAAACACUUUGUUGGCUUGGGAGUUUCUAUGCUCCUAUUCUGCCUGCAAUGGGAACUCUGGAGUGUUUCUUUCUCUUUUAUAUAAAAAAAUUUGCAUGUCUGGUUAACAGUACUCCAUCUUCUACAGUAUACAGAGCAUCUCGAUCUAACUCCUUAUUUAUGGCUGUCCUAUUAUUUUCUUUUCUCCUUGCUGUAAUUCCUGUUGCAUAUUCUCUAGCAGAAAGCAUUCCCUCCAAGUGUUGUGGACCUUUCACUUCACAAAAUACAGCUUGGGGCAUUGUUGUUUUCACAUUCAAUCAGUUUCCUUCUUGGAUUCAAUCUAUUAUUUAUUUUUUUUCCACUGCUGGAUUUGCAGUUCCAGCAUUUAUUACUUUGAGCUUAUGUUUGUAUUAUUUUUAUGCUAUUUCUGCUGCCAACAAACAAAUGGUCCAAGUUUUAAAGAAUCAGCUGGUGUUGGAAGGUCAUGAUAAACAGUUUCUUUUGAACAGACUUAGUGCAUUCAUAAAACAGCAACAACAGGAGCAUCAAAAAGCCAUGCGUCAGAUGGAGAUGUCAAGUGUUGCAGGUAUGUCCAAUGGCAGUUAGAUUUAUGUACUUCUUGGUUGUGUAUUCAAGAAAUGAAAGGUCAAUCAUUUUUACUAAAUUUUAUAUCAAUUUAAAGAAUUUUAUAUCCUUUUGACUGAUUUUUGAUAACACUGGAUUGAAAACAAUACUUCCCAAGCAACAUCAGCUCUUACUUUGUCAAAAAUCAUUGCAAUGUUGGUGUACUCUGUGGACAUUGAAUAAAAUUUUUGCCAGAAACUGAAAAUUUCAACUUUGCAACAUUGGAAUGCUCAUAAAAUUGCAAGUUCCUGAUCAUGAACUAGGUAUGUAGCCAAAGCAUGCUUCUGAGAAUUGGCUGUGAAGUAUUGUGCUUACAAAAGUUUUCCAAGGACAACUUGGAUUGCCAUUGUACACGAGUGCUGUUAUGUGAUGUAAUACUUGAUGUAUUGAAAGUAGCAAAUAGAUGAAUACAUAAUCUUCAACAAUGAUGUAUAUCAAGUAAAAUUUUAGUUUGGUCCGUGUAUAUAUUUUGCGAUUUCAUAUUUAAAAGUGGUUCACAAUGUUUCACAUUCACUUUGUUUGAAUACACAAUUAAGAAAAUCACAAUCUCAAAUAAUUUUUGUUCCAUUUGUUUCUUUUGUGAACAGUAACAUUAACAAUAUACUUUAUUGCUUGUACAAGGAAUAAUAAAUCUGUUCCUCAGAUUUUUGAGUAUUAAAAACCCGUAAGCAAUGAGUAUAUUGACGUUUAUUACUGCAUUGUGCAAUAAUGCAUAACUCAGAAUUCUUAAAACAUUUAUGUGGCUCAACAGUGUAUAUAUUUAAGUUGAGUAAUGUGUGAUGAAAUUAUACUGUAUUACUUCUAGUCAUUAUGUGAUUGUGUUAUUGUCAAGUGUUGUAACAAACAGAUACAGAUGUUAAGACUGUUGUGCUUCCAUUAUUUUGUUGAUAUUUACAUAAAUAUAACUCAAUUUGUCUUUUGUAGCUUAUGUGUUAUUUGGUGACUUUCAAAAAUCAUUCUUUAACCAAAAUUUGAUAUUCUAAAUAUUCAGUUGCAAAAUCUAUGUGGAUAAAUGCAUGAGCAUAACUUGGAAAUUGUAUCAAGAAAAAAUUUCUCAUUUAAAGUAAAAAGUAGAUUAUAGUAUUCAUAAUUUGAGUUUGUUCUGAAAAUAAAUUUAUCUUUUGAAAGUUACUUUCAUUUUAAUUUGAAAAUAGUAGUAUAAGUAGUUUUUGCAGUGUAAAACAAAUUUUUUUAAAAAAAUUUUAGUAAUUUCCGUUUAUAGAAAUGUUGAUUUGGAAAAUUAAUUCAUUUGCAAAAUAUACAAUGAUACUUUAUGAAUAAUUACAUACAUUAAAAUAGUACAGACCAAUAGUACAAAAUACUUAUAGGCAAGAAUCUGUUACUAAUGUUAAUUUAUUAUAACCUUCCAAAAAGAAAUUCUUUUGAAGAUUAUAUGCAUUCUCCUGAAAAUAUAUUGUUCCUUCCUUCAUUGAAAUGACUUUUUAAAUUGCACAUUUGGCAUUGGGAGAUUGUGUAUAGUCCUGAACUUUUUACUCUUUUUAAACGUACUUUUAAUGUUUGUUUUAUUCUGGUGAUGUGUCAAACCAGUAAAUUUAUGUUUGAUAGAAUCUAAUUACAAGCAUGAGUUUUCUUUUGAAAGCAAGUGCACAUUAUUUUUCUGUAUUCUGAAUCUCUAUAGUUGGAUCCCUUCACUCGAAUAUGUUUACUUUAUAUCAUUUUUAAGAGUGGAUUCAUUAUAUGUUCAUUGCAAUUUUAAUUACAUAUCAUGUAUUGAAAUCAAAGUUUUACAAAACUCAAAAAAAUGUAAAUUUUGUUUUAUGUAUUUUGUUGUACCAGUACGGACUAUUUGUAGAUGUUUCAGAAAUGUUUGUAUUUCAGUAGUUAUAUUGAAUACAACUGUAUAUUGUAAAUUUGCUACUGUGUAAAUUAUAUAGGUUUUCUCCUGUAAGUAGUAAAAAGAAUUAAACCUAUAGUACACAUUUAAAAUAUACCUGAAUGAAUAGC